GCGGAACUACAUUAUGGAAAGAACAGGAAUGACGGAACGUAAACCGGGUUGUACCGCAGCAUGGCCGGGUUUCUGAAGAGCAGCAGGCUUCUGCUCAGAAAAACGACAGAUUUAAGGGUUUAUACGCCUCGGAGGAACCGGGUCAAAGAGAAAUGGGCUGCGACACGUGUCAAGCACCCGCCCACCAGGCUGGCCCUGCAGCAUUUCGACGCCACCUAUGGUGCCCAGCUUGGGGAGCUGUGGCCUUCAGUGCGAGUCGCCCUGUUGACAGAGAAGAAGUAUGGUGCCUUGCUCAAUAAUUUCUCCAUUGAGUCUAGUAUUGCAGAUCUCCAAGCCCAGAGAUGUAGAGACUUCAUCAGCAACAGAUAUGGAGGGGGUAUGUUUUUGUUUACUCUAUGUGAUGUUGCUGAUUAUUUGAGGUCAGUUUACCCAUCAUUUGUCUCUGUAGCUGAACCAUCAGAGGUUGGAGCUGAGAAGCAAACCAGAGAAGCUGAUGCUGAUGAUCAACAAAUGUCUCCUCCACCACUCAGCCCAAAUAUCAAGUGCUUUGUGUUUCCAAGAGGUGAUGUCACUCGGUUUAAGCCUGCAAGACCAGAUAAGCACGGCCUGCUGGGCUACUACCUGAUGGACGCGGCGUCUGUGUUGCCUUGUUUGGCGCUUAACGUUCAGCAAGGUCACACAGUGCUUGAUCUCUGCGCUGCUCCAGGCGGAAAGACCUUGGCGUUACUUCAGACUCAGCUCAUCAGGUUUUUGUGUGUAAACGACGCCUCCGUUUCCAGAACUUCCCGGCUGAAAAAAGUCCUCCACAGCUACGUUCCUAAGCAGUUUCUGACAGAUGAGCAACUCCGCGUCACCUCGUUUGAUGGCACCAAAUGGGGGGAGAUUGAGAGAAACACGUUUGACAGAGUCCUUGUUGAUGUUCCGUGCACCACAGACAGACAUUCACUUCUGGAGGAUGACAACAACAUAUUCAGUCGAAGCAGGAUGGGAGAGAGGCGAAGGCUGCCACAGCUACAGGUGGAGCUGCUGCUAGCGGGAAUCCAAGCAGCUUGUCCUGGAGGAGAAAUCGUCUACUCCACCUGCUCACUGUCUUUAAACCAGAACCUGAGUGUGGUUGAACAAGCUGUAUACCUGGCUCAGGAGAACUUUGGCAUUCAGCUUCAGGUUGUGAAUCUGCGAGGCCUCACGAAGCUCUUCGGCGACACCUUUUGCUUCGCUCCUGACCUCCGCCUGGGAGAGAUGGUUGUUCCUCAUUUAGCUGCCAACUUUGGACCCAUUUAUCUGUGCAAAUUGAGGAGACUUACCUAAACUGCUUUGUUGGACACAUUUCCUCGCAAAGUAAACAAGCUCCUGCUCUCUGAUUCCACAUUUUAUCCAAAGCUGACACAUUUUUUAAGCAAAAAGAGAAACAUGGAGCAUAUUGAGGAAAUUCCAAUUCCAAUUGCUUGCAGUUCCAUGUCUGUCCUCUAGAUGUCCACAGUAGCUCAGCAGUCAGGGUCACCUGUGCAGCUUUUGCCCACUGGAGGACACCAAGCAUUUGUGUACAGUAUAAGGUUUUUUUAGAUUGUCGUCCUGCAAAGAUGAUGUUUCAUAUUACAGAGAAUUAGCUCUUUAACUGCAGUGAAAUGGGCCCCUUUUUCUGUUGUGCUUAUUCAUCAGGUUUGAUAGCUUCGGCUAAUAACUUGCUUUGGUGCAGAAGGACGAGAUAAUGAGCCCGCUGGUAAUGACUUCUUUGACCAUUUGACGCCUCGCAUCUGAAUCAGAGCAGCUUUCAUUACUCUCGCCGGAUUGGCUCCAUUUUGCACAGGCAUCCCUCACAGGUGAAAUCCCCCCCCACCCCACCCGAUACGCAGCCAAAUGUGAGUGCAGAGGUUGCCUCUUUCAGCGUCGCUCCGCAGAUGACCCUUUAUGUUGUCCUGGCCAGGCAAUGUAGCGUGAAAGAAGUGUGCGUGUACAUCUCGUCAGACGAACCCACAUCCCAGUGUCAUUAAGCUGCUCCGAGCGGCGGAGCCGGCUGCCAUCCCCGCGCGGGGACGGACGGCAUCCAUGCGGCUCCCAGAUGAACAUUAAAGAGGCAGCAGAAGGCUGGAAUGGGACGACUCGCCCUGUUCUGGCUCUUUCGCUUUUUUUUUUAUUCCACAGAUGAGUGAAGAUAAUUUUCAGUGAGAUUGUGAGUGAUUACUGUAUUACUGUGGCAAAAAGGGGAUGUAUCAGGGAAUGCAGAGAGAAUUAAUGACACAUAAAAACUAUUUUUGUAUUGACUGCAUUCGUCCCGAGGGCCCCGAACGCCUCUUUGCAUAUCUUGUGAUUACCUAAACGUAUUGUAAAUAUGUGUUUCCUAUGGGUUCCUCCAUAAAUUUACAUGUUUUAACACUCAGGAGACGGCAGACUGUUAGAGAUGAGUUACUCUCUAUUCUGCCUGUCUAUAGACUCGACUGACUGCCUGCUUUAUUAUUGAAUUAGCCAAUGAAGCGCUGCGCUUUUGUGUCUCAGUGUAAGCCUGUGUUCGAAAGACGGAUAUGAUGGCAGUAAUGCUCCCAGAUGUGCUUUCCAAUGUAUUCCAACUGUUUUCCCCUCGCAACACACAGAAAGACAAAUAAACAUUAUUGGAAUGUUACUUUGAGAUUCCAUGUGAGGUCUUAAAUAGUUUAAUGUUUCAUUUACCUGCAUAAAUGGUGAUCACGGUGAUCUGGAAGGUGUCUCUGCACUUGGAACUUAUAGCCUGUUGUGUUGUUUUCUGGGCAGGAAUUGGAGAUAAGUGCUGUAUCUCUGCUGAGAGUGAAGAUUUCAAUGCAAGCAGAUGGGCUCGGGGUGAAUUUAUUUGAAAAACGCAUUGUCAGACUGCAGCUGUUCACUGCAGCUACUGUGUAUUAACUCCCAGUUUACCGGCUGAUGAAAUUCCAGGGAUUCUCCAGGAUGUGAGUGUGAGUGAAGAGCCAGAAAAAAAGCCUCAUGCUGCUGUUAUUUCAUAAAUCGGAGGAAAUAGUAGCUAAUCCUACAACUUCACUCUUUCAAAGCAGUGUUACAUUAUUCUGCAUUACCUUUCAGAUACUUCAGAAGUUAUGGUCAAUAAUCUUAAGUGACGAGAAAGAACAAUGACGAAUAAAGAUCUAUUUAAAA